AUGAGUAUUCUUUGUAUUUAUCUAGCAAUUCUUAUCGUUUUUGUCAAUUCUUCAAAGUUAGAAGAAAACGAGGCACAAAUCAAUUUUGAUCAUGGAGUUGCGAGAUAUUUGUAUCAGGGAGAUAUUAUAAUGAAUCGACGAGUUCGAAGAGGAGUUAUUAAACCAGGAACAAACAAAUGGAAAUUACCAAUGCCAUAUAAAUUUGAUCAACAUUUUCGUGAGUGGAUGAGCUUUUUAGGGACUAGGGAAACUUCAGAGUUUUCUUCAACAAAAUGUAGUAAUCCCUGUUUUCUUUCAGCUAAAAGAUCAAGAUUACGUGUUCUUGAAGCAAUGAGAUUCUGGAGUGAGAAAACAUGCAUAACCUUCGAAGAGAAUUCCAACGUCUACCCUCAUGUGAAUAUUUUCGAAGGCCCAGGUUGCUGGAGUUUUGUUGGUCGACAACCAACAUUACGUCAACAAUCCUUAUCGUUGGAGAAUAGUUGCACUGAUCAUGUUAGUUUCAUCUUCCAUUUUUGAUACUUUAUCUAAUUUUUUGCAGAUCUUUGUGAUUGCUCACGAGAUUGCUCAUACACUUGGAUUUUAUCACGAACAUUCUAGAUCUGAUCGUGAUAAUUAUAUCGACAUCGAUUAUGCAAAUGUGAAUCCAAAUUUGACUUUUGCAUUCAAUAAAGAACUUCAAAAUCAAAUUCCCAACGAGAAUUAUCCAUAUGAGUACGGUAGUGUUAUGCAUUAUUCAGUCGAUCAAUUUGCAACCAAUACAAAUCGACCUGUGAUCUACGCAAAAAAUCGAAAUUUCGCGCGAUCAAUGGGAAAUCGUAUGCGAGCUACAUUUCAUGAUAUAACACGCAUGAAUAAUUUGUACAAUUGUCAUGAACGUUGUCAAAAUACUGUGAAUCGAUGUAUGCACGGAGGAUAUCCAGCACCUUCCGAUUGCUCACAAUGUAUUUGUCCGGAUGGAUUUGGAGGACAAUAUUGUGAAACAUUUGAAACAUCUUCGAUUGGACAAAGAGAAAAUCCAAGCUGCGGUGGAGAACUUUAUGUAAGUUUUUUUUUUCAAAAUCAAUUUCAAUGACAGUUUUUGAUUUUUAAACAAUCAAAAUUUCCAGGCCAGCCACAUUCCACAAACAUUCUAUGGAGCUGUUCGAACUCGUGUUCAUUCAAACAAUAUUCUAGCUUCUCCAGAACAUUGUUUCUGGCAUAUAAAGGUAAUUAGAUUUGGGCUUUUGAAUUGGACCCGAAAAAUAAGAUGUUUGAUUUUGUGCAAUUUUUUUUUCGGAAAAACUUGCUAGAUCAGAUGAAAAAUAUUUAUUGA